GCUAUUCGUACUGCACACUACUACAGCCGGUUAAGGUUGCAUUGUCAUUGAUCUAGAAAAAUGGAAUCAGACACAGGACCCAGUGAGGCGCUGAGACGUCUGAACGUCUUUAAUCGUCAUUUUGCUCCUUUGAUUCAACAGCAAGUUUCUUCUGAUUCAUUAUCACCAUCACUUCAAGCAGGACUGUCCAAUGAGAUUCAGUAUGUCGUGAAGAACAGUAUUCUUACAGCGGAACAAGAGCGAUCGUACCAGGAGAAUGGCUUCUUGGUUAUUCCCAAUCUUGUACCUCAUCACAAAAUCGAUGCAUACAGGGAGGAGUUUGAGCUUAUCUGUGAAGGGAAGAAUAGACAGCGCUCUGCCGGUAUGACUAUCAUGAAGGAUGUUGCCCUUAAAACAUUGAGUGGUGAAAGAGCAAUCAAUAAACUCCAAGACUUUCAAGACAAUGAAGUCCUAUUCUCCUACUGCAGCUCGCCAGAGCUAUUGCAAUAUGUAGAGUGCUUCACUGGACCUGAUGCAAUGGCAAUGCAUACAAUGCUUAUCAACAAACCUCCUGAUCCAGGAAGCAAGACCUCUCGGCAUCCCAUGCAUCAGGAUCUACACUACUUCCCAUUCCGACCAGCUAAGAGCAUUGUGUGUUCCUGGACAGCUAUGGAGAAAGUACACAGACAAAACGGCUGUCUUGUGGUGAUUCCAGGCUCACAUAAGGGACAGUUAAUGCGUCAUGAUUAUCCUAAAUGGGAGGGAGGUGUGAACAAGAUGUACCAUGGAAUAAUGGACUUUGAUGCAUCUGCUCCCAGAGUUCAUCUUGAGAUGGAGAAAGGAGAUACAGUCUUCUUCCAUCCCCUCUUGCUUCAUGGAUCUGGAACUAAUAAAACAAGUGGAUUUAGGAAGGCAAUCUCCUGCCAUUAUGCCUCUUCUAAUUGCCACUACAUCGAUGUUGCCGGGACAACACAAGCUAAUAUGGCAAAUGAAAUCACUGAUGUUGCUAAGAGGAAACUUGGAGAAGAUGUUGAAGUCAACAUCAAGGACAUAUGGUACAUGAAAGGAAGACUUGUGAAAGGAGAGCGUAUCACCUUGUGAGACUCAUCACCUAUAAAGGUUUUUUCAUCAAGAUUUAACUUUAAUGACACGACAGGUAAUCUUCGGUUCCGGUAACGACAAAUACUAAAUCAAAACGAAACUUGUAUUGAAACUUGGAGAAUAGUAUGUGCUUAAGAAUUUUUUUUUAAAGAUAUGUAUGAUAGGUGAGAAAUAGAGCAAUAGAUUAUGAUGAAAUGUAACAUACUGCUAUUUUGUAUUUAUCGGCGAUAGCAAGAAUUCAAAAUAACUUAAACAACAUGUUCUUGAAGUGGAAUUCCAUAACCAGAUUAUGAGCUUAGGGGUUUUCAGGUUAAAUAUAAUCAGUAUUCAAGGCUUCCUCGUGUAAAUUGUGAGAUGAUAGGAGUAUGGAUCUACUCAUCUGUUUAUCAUCUAGAUUCAAACUUCAAGACCAAAGAGAGAAUAUAGAUUUGUUUUUCUUGGUUUGAUCAAUGUGUACUGUAAAAAGGGCUGUAAGACAAUUAAUAGUCACUAAAUUUCGCUUCACAUUUAAAUCUAAAAGUUUCUAUUAAUUUUCUUUUGUUUUCAGUUUUACAGUUAUUAAGCCUCUAUAUCUUGUUAUCUACUAUAUUUGCAUUUUUGCCUGAUAAUAUAAUUAAGAUACUUAGUUGAAAUUCAAUUCUUUAUAGUUUUUGUAACAACAUAUACCGGUAAUACUUACAAAUGAAUGAGAUAAAUUGAUUUAUUUUUGUGAAAGUCAUAAGUUUUACUGUAAAAUCAGAAAUUUUUGCUGAUUAUUUAACAUUACCUAUUUUUGCAUCAAUGAACUCUAGUGAGUUGUAAAAGUUCAGGAUUGUGAUUCAUCUUCAUCAAGCUAGGUAUGUAUAAGGUAAGAGUAGAGCUUCACACACUAUGUCACAACAAAA